GCGGCGAAGGUGGAUCCUCUCUCCGCAGCGAACCGGGCCGGGGCCCCGCGACCCGCCGCCGCGGCCGCUUGCUGGGCCUCCCUGUGCGCUGGCCCGGCCGAGCGGGGGAUGCAGCCACAUUACCAGACGCCGCAGCCAGAGCCGGCGCGGGGAGCAGCCUGAGCGCGGGCCGCGCGCGGGACCGGGGGGAGGGCGGGCCGAGGGGAGGGUCCUGCGGGCCGGGGGGGCGGGCGCGGCGCGCCCCCUCCCUCGCGCGCUCGCGCCCUCCCCCGCGCGCCCUCCCUCGCCGCCUCCUCCCGCCGCCUCCGGCCCCCCCUCGCCGGGGACCGAGCGCGCUCGCUCCGGCGCCGGCCUCGCCUCCUCGCAGCAGCGCCAUGGAUGAGUUCCACCCGUUCAUCGAGGCGCUGCUGCCGCACGUCCGCGCCUUCGCCUACACCUGGUUCAACCUGCAGGCGCGGAAGCGCAAGUACUUCAAGAAGCACGAGAAGCGCAUGUCCAAGGACGAGGAGCGCGCGGUGAAGGACGAGCUGCUGGGCGAGAAGGCCGAGGUGAAGCAGAAGUGGGCGUCGCGGCUGCUGGCCAAGCUGCGCAAGGACAUCCGGCCCGAGUGCCGCGAGGACUUCGUGCUGGCCAUCACCGGCAAGAAGGCGCCGGGCUGCGUGCUCUCCAACCCCGACCAGAAGGGCAAGAUGCGGCGCAUCGACUGCCUGCGCCAGGCCGACAAGGUGUGGCGGCUGGACCUGGUCAUGGUCAUCCUGUUCAAGGGCAUCCCGUUGGAGAGCACGGACGGCGAGCGCCUGGUGAAGGCGGCGCAGUGCGGCCACCCGGUGCUCUGCGUGCAGCCGCACCACAUCGGCGUGGCGGUGAAGGAGCUCGACCUCUACCUGGCCUACUUCGUGCGCGAGCGAGACUCGGAGCAGAGCGGCAGUCCCCGGGCAGGGAUGGGCUCCGACCAGGAGGACAGCAAGCCCAUCACGCUGGACACAACUGACUUCCAGGAGAGCUUUGUCACUUCUGGCGUGUUCAGUGUCACCGAGCUCAUCCAGGUGUCCCGGACACCCGUCGUGACCGGCACAGGACCUAACUUCUCCCUGGGAGAGCUGCAGGGGCACUUGGCGUACGACCUGAAUCCUGCCAGCACCGGCAUGAGAAGGACGCUGCCCAGCACCUCCUCCAGCGGGAGUAAGCGGCACAAAUCGGGCUCGAUGGAGGAGGACGUGGACACAAGCCCCGGCGGCGACUACUACACUUCGCCUAGCUCUCCUACGAGUAGCAGCCGCAACUGGACGGAGGACAUGGAAGGAGGCAUCUCGUCCCCGGUGAAGAAGACCGAGAUGGACAAGUCGCCUUUCAACAGCCCAUCCCCCCAGGACUCGCCCCGUCUCUCCAGCUUCACCCAGCACCACCGGCCCGUCAUCGCUGUGCACAGCGGGAUCGCCCGGAGUCCACACCCGUCCUCGGCCCUGCACUUCCCCACGACGUCCAUCCUGCCGCAGACGGCCUCCACCUACUUCCCGCACACGGCCAUCCGCUACCCGCCUCAUCUCAACCCGCAGGACCCCCUCAAAGAUCUCGUCUCGCUGGCCUGCGACCCAGCCAGCCAGCAACCCGGACCGUUAAAUGGAAGUGGUCAGCUCAUGCUGUCCAGCCACUGCCUUCCCUCGCAGAUGCUGGUGCCACUGCCCCUGGGCCUGCCGCGGUCGGCUCCCCCGGCCACCAAACCCGGCGCCACCUCCGCGGGAGGAGCCGCUCCGCUCACCUGCCCUACCUACUCUGCGCCCGACACGUCCCCUGCAAACCGUUCCUUUGUGGGAUUAGGACCAAGGGAUCCUGCGGGCAUUUAUCAGGCACAGUCCUGGUACCUGGGAUAACAGAGGCCUCCUGCCUGUCCUCCACCGUCCUGGGAAUCCCAGGGGCAGCACCGCGGCCCCCGCCCUCUCCUCGGUGGAAAACCAGAGCGAGCAAGGUCAUCCCCCGGCCACUCCCAGCCUGGCCGAAAGACAAACAGACCCGGGAGGAAGAGAGAGGAGAACAAGAGCAACCGGAAAAGACAAGGAAAGCCCGCACCCCAGACGGAGGCGGCCGAGGCGCCGGGUCUUCCUAAGUUAUUCAUCUCCUUCCCGCCUGCUGCUCCAGAGGGACAGCUGCCGCUGCCCACCCGCUGCCCUGUGGCCCCGGCGCUGCCCAGAGACCAGGUGAGCACAACCUGGCGCCUGUGGCCAGGGCGGCAGACGGGCAGGACGCCCAGCAGAGCCACCGCUGCCAGUGUGGGGACAUGGCCAGCCCCCUCCGUGGACGGCGUUUGCCAACACGGGGAGGCAGGUGCUGGUGGGGAAGGGGUCGGCAAGGACCCCAGCCUCGGACCGCAGAGACGUCGAGGGGGCCAGGGGAGGCAGAAGAGGGGGUCUGGGGGGUCCUGGACGUGGCAGGGACCCCACGCUGGCCCUCACCAGGGAAGGACGCCACGCCGGCUCUCGGGAGCCCAGGAGGGCCCUGCAGGCUGGCCGCGCCCUCCCCAGCGCCCGGAGGACGUCCUGGCCCUGUCGUGCUGGCACUGGGUCUGUGGCCCUCGGGAGGAGAAGUCUCUAUGCAAUUAGACCCCCUGUCCACCCGGCCUCGCCCGCCCGGCCUGGCACCGAGGAGCCCCGCCCGGACGCGCACCUUCCGAGGACUGAGGGCGGGCGGGGAGCCGAGCCUCGGUGGAGGGGCCGCGGAACCUCCCCACCCGGAGGCGGAGGCGAGAGUGGUUCAAGUGCCUGAUCCCCACCGGCCGCCCCUUGUCCAGCUGGGACAGCGUGGCCGGGCUCCCACCCUCCCCUCCCUGCCACUCCACUCGGGCCCCUCAUUGCUGUGCCCCCAGAGCUAGAGAGAUGGGACCCCGGGGGUGGCGCUGGGCGUCCCCGGGCAUCCCGCCCGCCCCCGCCAGUGCCUUACACCUGGACCAGCCCUCCGGGCGCCUCCGCCCAGGGGACCCUUUGCACUUUCACGUCCCGCGAGGGGAGGCAGCCGCUGCCCGGAAGGAGAGCAGGCUGCUGGGCAGAAGGCAGGGCCACCCGGACCUGACGGGAGGGUUCUGGCGGGAGGUCGGCCGCCGCAGCCUCAGGGGCCCCCCAUCUGCUACGCGUUUCCGUUGAGCUGCUCCAAAAACACUAAGCGGGGGCCUGGGAGCCGCGCCCGGCCCGUCGCACCCUCCCCUCCCCGGUCGCCGUCCUGGGGGCUCAGAAGGUGGUGCUGGCUGUUUGGGGCCACGGAGCCCCAACUCGAGGACCCCUUCCGGCCCGCGCACCCCAACUGACACCCAUCUCGCCUGGCUCCGGGGAACAGCCACCGCCACCGACCCCACCGUCCCGGGCCAAAGCCAUCAUCCAGGGCAGGGCCUCAGGCCCGUCCACCCCGCUGCCCCACCCGCCUCACUCUCCCCGUUCUGGACUCUCCUCCCAAACUGGCCCCAGGGCCUUGGCGAACCCGCUGGUUAUAAGGAGAAAGACGCUUCCACAGGCUCCUCUCAGCCCUGCACCCAGAGGGGCCGCCAUCCUCAGCCUCCAACCCUUGGUCCCGCUGUCUGUCCGUCCGUCCUCAGGGCCCCUCCACUGGGUGACCAUUUGGGGACCAAAGCGUGGGCUGCUCUCCGGGAAAGCAGGGGCAUCUGGAAGCUUCUCAGCCGGGGUGGGGGAGGGGGGCCGCCCUGGGGGACACGGCCCACCCCCCCGGCCCCUGGCCGGGCCACAGAACCAACUCUGUACCUGACUUUGCAUGGUGCUUAGGAUCCCGCGGCGGCUCCCGGCCCCGCCCUCGGCGGGCCUGCAUGGCAGAUAUACUGGCUCUGUCUCCCCUCCGCCUCCCGCCCCCUCUUGCAAAAGACAAAAAAUCCUUUAAAAAAUUCCAUGUUUCCUAAUUUGCACGAAAUUUUCUACCACAUGAUGUGCCUUGCCUUUGAGAAUAAGUAUUACUUCAACAGUAUCAGCGCACAGCUGCAUGUAUGCACGCGUAGCUCAGCAGCGGGACGUGGAAUGAAGCAGUCCAAGGGGAUGUAGUUUUGUUUGUAAAAAAAAAAAAAGAAGAAAAACAGUUUUUUUUCAAAGAAGAAAAGCGCCCUGAAGCAAGCGGGAGUGGACCUCCGACGCUCGCCCCGCUGCCCGGCCGGCUCCUCGGCUCCAGGGCACCCGGGCUCCCUGGUGCUCCCCUCUGCCACCUUGCCCACGCCCAUCUCCAGCGGGGUCGCCGGAGUCCCUGCCCAGAGGACAGACCUCAGACCUGCCCUGGGUACAGGCCGCCGCCCCAUCCCAGGGCACCCCUCUCCCCCACGGCACCCCGUCCUUCUCACCAAAGGACCAGCCUCGGGUGACACCCGGCCCCCGUUCUGUCUUCCAGCCGUGAGCAGGAGGCGCGGCGGAUGGCGAGAAGACAAACCCGUAUAUGCAAUAUCUGUCUGUCCUCAGCCAGGCCUGGCACGCCGCCCACCCAGGGCACCGAGUCAUGGCCUUGGCCCAGGGGGUCACCGGCUGUUGUCUUGUCCUCGAUUUGAGUUUCCUGUUCUUUCUUUAAUCCCAGCCUUUCGCUCUACUUGACCAAAGCUGAGACGAUAGCAGGUGGUCAGUGGGCAGUCCGCGGGCAGGAGUCUCUGACUUGGGCCCCCCUGCUGCUGCCCAUCCCAGCAUCCUGCAGGGGCCACCAGGCAGAGGAUCCCCAGGGUCUUGCCCUCAGGAUGCCCAUGCCCGCAGGGCACAGGGCGAGCGCCAACCUGGCCAGGACCCUGCCCUCAGCCACCGCUUCCAGGCUCACGCGUUGGCAUGACUGGCUCUGGCCUUUAGUUGUGUCCCUCCUCAGUGUCACCCAGGAAACGGAGCUGCAGUGGCAGAGGAAGGGGUGGCACAGUCCCCAGGACCACUGUCUUCCCCGCAGCCAGCAUCACGCACCCAGAAAGGUGGCCAGGGGCGCGGCCCACCUGCGUCCUGGGCUUAGGCCCUGGUGAGGGUGGCAGGUGGGUCCAUGCUGGGCAGCGGGCCGUCCUGGGGCGGGUGCCUCCGCCCUGGUGAGGCUUCUCUGGGAAACGGGCAUCUUUCCAGACGGGUCCUCUCCCAGCCCACCGUCACCCACCCCCGGGGAGACGCCCAGCCCGCUGGCCACACCCAGACAGCCUCAGCCUGGCCCUGGGGUCCCGCUCAUGCUGGGGAAGGAGAGGGAGCCCCUAGUGCAUGCCCGUGGCCCCACCCCUGUCCUCGGGCAGGGCCCUCGCACUGCCAGGAGGGCCUGGGUGGGAGGGAGCCACCUGGCCCCAUGGGUUCGGGAGAGGCCUGCGGGGCCUCGAGCCCCAGGCUGGACAAUCAGUUCCCAUGAAACAGGGAGGACUUGGGGCCAAAGGGCCACUCCUGGGCCGCAGCUCCCAGGAAGUCAGUGCCAGCCAGCCUCUGCCACCACACUGUCCCCCAGCUAGGGACCUUCACGCACCCCCUGCCACACCAUGGCUGCCCGAUGAUGUCCACCAAAAGACAGGGUCCUGGGGCCACCAGCAGCCUUCAGGGUCUGGGGAGGAUGGGCGCGAGCCCCUCCCGGCUCCGGCCCGGCUCCCCAGGUGCUGGGCCCCGCGCGCUGGCUGGGGCUCCAUGCUGCUCGUCCCCAGCCAGGCCCUCCCUGCCCUGCUGCCCCCAUCCAGCGUCCACGUCCUGAGGCUCCCCCUAAACCGCUCUGCGUCCCACUGUCCUGAGCUCGCAAGGCAGAGGGCAGGGUGUGGGGGCGGCCGGGCAGAGGCAGCCCCAAAGCCGCGCCAGCAUGACCUUGCCCACCAUACCAAAUCCGACUCCGCAGCAGUGCCUCACGGUCUGCUGCUGCGGCUUUGGGGCCCCUCCCCACCCCCGGCGGCCCCCUGCCCGGCCACAGGCCUCAGACGCGGGCCAGGAGGGGCAGGCGGGGAGGGAGGAAGCCUCCCACCCACCCACCGCCUGGCUGGGCGGGGCCCCUCCAGACAGGGACCCCCAAAGCCCACUCCCCACAUGCAUGCAUGCCCCCUUCUCCCAGCCUGAACCCCAGCCAGAAGCCAAAGCCCCUCUGAGAGCCGGGGCCCAGCCCAGCCCCUGCUCCCUGCCCACCCAGCGCCUGGACAAGCAGGGAUCUGAGGGAAGGACGGGCAGCAGCCAGGGCAGCGGGGAGCAGGGAGAGAUGUUUCCCUCCGUGUCUCGCUCCCUCUCCCCUCCCCUCCCCCUUUAGGUUUUGGGGUGGGGUUCUGCCCCUCCAUCUUCCUGAGGUUUUGAGUUUUCGGUUUUGCUUCGUAUUUACUCACACACCAGGAUAGUAGUGUUUCUCGCUUUCUGCUUGUGGCCCACCCCCGAGCCACGCGGAGGCCGCCCAGCCUGUGGCCGCCGCUGUCCGGUCCCUCCCCAGCGAGUGGGCCAGAGACAGGGUGCCCGGCGGGGCGGGCUUGUGCCCGGUCGUGACCUUGUAACUCACGCGGUCUUUCUGGUUUUGCGGACGCGCUACCUAAGUACCAUUUACAGGAAGUGACUCUGGCUGUUGUUAUUUGUUUGUUUCCCUAUGCAAAAAAAAAAGGGGGUCCCCAAAAGAUUCAAUAAAAGGCAAAAAAAAAAAAAAAA